UCAAGCAAAAGUGAACCAGAAAGUGAGAGUUCCAAUUAGUUUGCAUUAAAGUGGCUCAUAGCGAUAUCGUGACUAACAUCCCUCCGGAUCAAUAUGGAAGUGGUGGCUCUCAUACAUCGGAUUAAAAGCUAACCUUGGGCUGCAAUGUCCAACUAAUUUCCAUGGGCAGGCAACGGUUUCCCGAUCGAAGUCGCGUUCUCCCACGUCAGGAAAGACAGGCCUUCAACCCCUACCCCUACUACUACUACUACCACAAUAACAACAACAACAACAACUACAACCCUUACCCCGGUGGAGCGCAUUCUUACCCCUCGGCUUACUAUCAACCCUAUCCUCAGCCUUACCCCUAUUCCAACUACGCCAUGGCUCCCGUUCAGAACCAAGGGGUGUCGGAAUCCUCUCAGAGUCAGAGCUUCCCGAGUGUGGCUUAUUCCGAUCAGUCCGCUGCCCGGACCAGUUACGGUGGGUGUGACUGUGGCUGUGGGUGUGAGAAAGGGCCGGACCUCUUGAGCUUGAUCUUGGGCGCCGCUGUCCUGAUUAUGAUACUCAUGAAUCUGGGCAUUUUGAUGCCACCGAUGGCCGGGAUGAAGAAGAAAAGGUCGCUACCGGAUCGGUUACUUCCAGGAGACCAACUGGAGUCCUUAGAAUCUCGGAUCAAAUCGGGAAUAGAUGCUUUUGGUCUGAAACUCGAGUCAUCUUUUUGGGCAAACUCCUAAACUACAAGACUUCACAACGAUCGUCAAGCUCUGCUGCCAUGUCAAUUAAGGAUGAGUGUUGAUCCCAUCAGUAUUAAUUAACUCUCAAGGAAACCAGAGUGGGUCAGUGCCAAACUUAGCGAACUGAAAUCUGAAACAAC